UGAGACUCGAACCCUUUAAAUGGUUUCGAGCCAGCUAGAGCAGAGUGGAAAUUACUAAGUUAAAGCGAUGUCAUGAUUAUAAAACUUAACAGUAAUAUCAAGAAGUUGUAUGUGGUUGAAUGAGACACGCAUACUAAGAAGACGAUCACCAAGAUAUAACACGCCAAAAUGGCGCCGCCGACGUUACAAGCGUCAAGCAGCGUCUUGAGCACGAGCUCCACCAGCGAAAAGGCUGUGGAGCAAGCCGAACAAAAAGAAAUCGAGGCAACAUGGAAAGAAGUCCAGAACAAAGUAAUCGAAUUAGCUGGCGGAGACCCGAAAAAGGUUCAGACGCUCGACAUCAACUCUGUUCUGAAAUAUAUCGACAGCGUGCAAGCUUCUGAUAAGAAGAAGUCGGAGAAGUUCGGUGCAUUCAAGAGUGUCGUGAACAAGACAUUGCAAUGUAUAAAUACUGUAGGAGGGAUAGUUGCCGAGGGUGCCUCAACCGUCUUCGCCCCAGCGGGGAUGUGCUACAACGCACUCACAUUCGUCAUACAAGCAUGGCAAGGAUAUGAGGGCAUCUUCGAAAAUCUCGCUGAGCUUCUUGAGAAGUGCACCGAGUUCUUCGAGCGUCUUGAGUCUUAUGAGGGACGCAUGGACGUGAGACUCAAACGAGUCGCAGUUCAAAAUCUCAGACUAUUCGUUGAGAUUUGCGAUCGCACUAUUAAGUUACGUAGGAAGCACAACAAAUUCCUUGCUUUCACGAAACAAUUAUUCUUAAACGACAACGGCAUCAGCGACCUACUUGGCAUGAUGGAUAGGCUUAACGCUAAGGAGUCCCUCCUGGUUAAUGCGCAGACAUACAAGCUAGUAAGCGACAGUGCUGGCGAUAUCAAGUUGAUACUCGACGGCCAAAAGGAGCAGAAGAAGGAACAGGAAGCGAAGAAGUGGCGCACGACCAUCGCUAAGGCGCUAGGUUUUCCACCAAACACGCUGGACAACGAUGGGGAACCGAUUCCAAAUUGGCAAAGAGCCUUCAACGCUCGCAAGAACACGCUGGUUCCCGAGACUGGAAAGUGGAUCAUGGAUCACGAAGACUUCGUAGAAUGGUCGAAAUCCACCGUCCCAAGCAAGCCUGUCCUGGUACUAGGGGGUAGAAACGGCUCUGGAAAGACGUCGAUGAUGGCCAACACGCUGAGAUUUCUUAGAAGUAUGAAUCGGGCUGGCCCUACAUCUCGCGCCGUUACGGCCUACUUCUUCCUGGAAGGCGAAAAGAAGAAAUCUGACGAUGAAGAGGCUAGUAGUAGCAGACUAGAAGUUGUUUCGCGGACGUUGCUCUGGCAGAUAUGCACUGCCUACGAGGCAAUGACUAAAUCUGUCUACCAAAUCCUCGAAAGAACACCCGAUUUCGACGGCUCAAUCGAUCUUUGGCAGCAGAUAUUCAUCAACAACAAGGAGCGUCUAAACCCGGACACGACAUUCUUCCUGUUUAUCGAUGGCAUCAGCAAUGAACUUCUACCACUGCUCCAGAGGUUGACUUCUAUAGUCGAUAAUAAGAUAGUCCGCAUCUUCUUAACUGCUCCUCCAAAGAUGUUUACCGAGCUUGAUGGAACAGAAGGAAUUAGGACCAACACAAUUCCGAUUGCCGAUUAUAAUGCGGAUGAUAUUGAUAAAUACAUCAACUUCCGUAUGGACAACAUGCCAAUCCUCAAAAAUGAUGGCCGUGCUGGAAUUUCCGAGUGGAGAAACAAGAUUCUCGAGACAUUACGCUACAAGUGUGCCGGCGAUUACUUCAAGCUAAACACAAGUCUCAACUCCCUUGCGAAGGUCGAUCUUAUCGAUGACAUAGAGGAGGUUCUCGCAGAUGCCGACAAGACCCGGGCGGACCAGAUCGACGCUGAGAUUCGUCGACUCAACAACAUCCGCACCGUUAAGGAGAUCCAAGAGAUCAAUGAGAUUAUACAAUGGAUCGAAGCUGGUCGACGCUGGCUGCCGGUCGACAUGAUGGAGUCUUUCUUAUCCGUAAAACAUCGGAACAGCGCCGUAGCACAACCCCUUACUCCUUCGCUAACGAGGAGAAAGACGGGCUUGUCAGAUAUUGAGAGCACCACCCAAGAGGCCACACCAAUGAUUCUUACAAUAUCUCUACUUCCUUUCGCGCAAAAGCUUGGAGAGAAAUAUCCUAUCUUCACCGUUACAGAUUCAGGUUUUGUUGAUUGGCGUUCUUCCGAAAUCAAGGAACGGGUUCCGAUGAAAGGUUUCGAAAGAGACUCGAGAGACUCUGGAUCUGGGCUAAGUGUAGUUACGUCCGGCCCCAAGAUCAUCCAAGAGUCUGAGAUCAGCAUCGUCCGUCAUUUCCUCAAUAACGUGUGUCCGCCUGAUCUCUAUCAACGUCUCGAAUUCGAACAAUUCUUCGACAUGAAACUCGGCGCAAAAUAUAAGGACUACAUCAGCCUUGACCUUGAUAACGCCAACAUCAAAAUCGCAUUAACCUGCUUGAUCGUACUCACGGAAGAACAGCUAAGGAAGAACACAUCGGUUCGCCAGUACGCGAUGUAUUGGCUUCUCGACCACCUGCAGGAUGUCGAUCUCUCAGCCGCCGACCGCGAGUUAAAGGCACAGAUCGGCCCACUUCUCGUCAAGCUCUUUACCGAGGAAUGCGGAAUCGACUCCAUGUUCUGGCCGUUCAAUCUCAACGUAAGCUUGCAUACUUGGGACUGGGACGAGUACAUCGAUCUCCGAGAAACACGAGCCGAAUGGCUGUACUCCAUGUCCGGUGUCCAGGAGAUAUCCCGCUGGUUACGCGACUCCUCCGUGACGAAGUACAUAACCCACGAACCGGGUCUUUCAUUCGUCGAGGCCGCAAAGUCGUCUUCCACCAAUUUACAUAAAGUAAUUCUUUCACACGCCGCUAAGCAUAUGGCAACACACCUAUUCCGUCGUGUGGAGUUCACGCCUCGCCAUUUCUGGUGCGCAUGUUGGUUCAUCCGCGGAUAUCUAUCACGACUCAACCCCGAAAAAUCCUCUCAAAUGCCCAGCGACCCCGACGCCUACCGAAACAUCAACGACCCCGCGUACGAAGAAUUCGAAAACCGGGAAUUCACCCUCGAAACACUAAAGCAAAUCGAAGACUGGGCCGCCGACGAGCUUGAAAAGACAAACGACACACCGGAGCAGCAAUCCAGCUGGGAGAUCCACGGCGCAUUAAUAAUCUUCCAACUCUGCCACACCGAAGCCGACGCAACGAAGAUCUACCAAGCGCGCGCGCAAAAAGCCGUAGACCUGAACCCGAAGAACUGGCACGCCUGCCACUUCCUCACGAAGCAGCCGAACACAGGCAACGAGGAAGCCGUGCGGCUGCUCUCGCAGGCAAAGAAGGACAUCGACGAAGUGCGCGGGCGCAACGAGUUCUGGAUCCGGGACAGUGCGAACUCGGCGCUUCUCGCGCGCAUAACGCUGGAUCUAGGGGACCGGUUGUGGGACUUGGGCCAGGACAUGGCGCUUGCGGCGGCGACGCACCGGGAGAGUCUGCGGUACAACUACGUGCAUUUCAAGGACUACUCGAAGGUGUUGACGCGGUACCAGGCGCGUGGGGCGUGGGAUGAGUUGAUUGCGUUUGUGGAGACGCUGAAUAGCACGAGCGAGACGUGGGCGGCGUAUUUCGACGAGCUGGUGUACGAGUUCGUGGUGCAGAUCACCAAUUCCGAGGACGCGAAUGUGCUUGCGCAGGCUGCGGACGCGACGAAGCGGUGGGAUGUGAUCGAGGCGUUUUUCACCCUGGCUAUUGAUAUGGGUGUUGCGCAGGAUACGCACGAUCUGCUUUUCUUCCUGCGCGACGGGUUUGCGAAGACGUUGGAAGCGGCUGCUGAUGGCGCGCAGCAGGAUAAGGUCAUUGCGAUACAGGAGAUGGCGUUGGGAGAUGUGCGACUGCAUCGUAAUGAUAGUUUGUCACGGCAUUCGGUCGACGACAUGACGAACGCUUUGGCUCGGACAUAUCUGGAUAAGGCAUUCCAGCCGGGUCUAGCGAUCGAGCGGGUCGAUUCUUACGGGUCUCUCAUCGCGAAUCUACUGCCCGACCCCGAUUCAACCGAUGGCUGUGACCUGUGGACUGGCACAAUCGCCGUGUGCUGUCUGAUCCGGUACCAUCACCGCCGCAAGACCGAUUCUCAUCUAGCACGCGGUUGGAUCGAGCGUAUCGUGCGGGAGAUCAUCGAGCUACUGUCUGAUGACGAUGAGGAGAAUGACGAAUCCGCAUACUGGUUGUUGGCGCGGUUACUCACGACCAUCGAAGAUACAAAGAACACGCGGAUCGUAUGGGCGAUGCGCAACGCAGAGCAACGCGAAGCGCUAAUUAAAUGGGAGAGUUGGGUUGCUAAAAACGCUGGCACAAUUACCGACGUCACUGCCAACGGCGGGCCAAAGGACAAGGAGCCGCAGCAGCAGACGACCCCGGUCAUCCCACACAGCAACGGCUUUGCGAAUAAGAGCGUGCAGAAUGUAGUCCGAAACGGCCACAGAAGCCGGAGUCAGAGUCCGAAACCCGGUGGAAAGGGUGAGCAUAAAUCUCAGCCGAGCGAAGUUAUCAGGGAGCCGACGCCUGAGCUGAAAGCGCCAGAACCCGCUUGUAUUAGUGAUGACCCAAACCAGCCGGGUUGGUUCGUGUCCUGCGAUGGGUGCUACAAACAGUGGACGGUGAUAGACGAGCCGGUGUACACGUGUGCGGAUUGCCUGGGUGCGACGCAGCUAGACGCCGAAUGCUAUGCUUUGCUUCUUAAAGGCGAACUGAAGAAGAAGGGUAUCAAUUGCAAAAAGGAACACACAUUCAUCGAGCUGCCUAAUUGGGAUGAAAAGGAGUAUGAGGGUAUGCCAAAGGGAUCCGUACCCUUGCCGGAUGGAGAGAAGGGAAAGAAGUGGAUGACACUUGAAGAGUGGAAGAAGGAAUUGAGGGGAUUGUAUCUGAAUGGCGAUGGAAAGGGGGUUACUGCAUAGGUGUAGCAUUAAGGGGUAAGCGAAUACUGCUUGGUUGUUAGCGUGCAUAUGGGUUGGGCAGUGAGAUUGAACCAUUCAAUUAAUAAAGAGAGAUGUAUCUUGCUCUAACUCUAUUCUUACAAACAGAAACUCUUAGGAAAA